GGCAGGGGAGGCGGAAGUAGGGCUGUGUGCUGGCAAUAGGGAAACAUGGCUGGCUGGGCAGGAUUCUCCGAAGAGGAGCUUAGGAACCUUAAAACGAAACAAGGUACAGACUUACCACAUCACCCUGAUCGUCCACGAAGACAACCCACAUCAGCCAAACCUACAGCAGCCAAAAGUCGACAGCAGAUGCAGAGAAAGUUGGCUUUGCAGGUACAGAGUCAGCUAUUGGCAAAGCAGGAUGGAUCCCUCUGUGUUCCUGCUGAGCAGCAGCUUUCCAGAUCAUCCAUCACCUCAUCACCGAAUGUAAUAACUUGCCCAGCUGAAAAAAAGCAAGUCAUACAUGAUCAACCAGAAAUGAGCACAUCGGUUAGCCCUGGCAUUGACCUCAAGGGAAAGGAUUUAUUCUCUGAACAAGAUGGAGAGCUAAACAAAAAGGAUAUGGAAUUGAGAGAGAAAUCUCGGUUGGAUCAGCUUCAAAUGGAGCAACGACUUAUGGAAGAGAAGAAUAAGCGUAAGAAGGCUUUACUUGCAAAAGCUAUUGCUGAAAGGUCCAAAAAAACCCAAGCAGAGGCUGUGAAACUCAAUAGGAUCCAAAAGCAGCUCCAGGCUUUGGAUGAUUUAGUAUCCACUGACAUUGGCAUUUUAAGGAACCGUAUUGAUCAGGCGUGCAUGGAAUUUUCUCAGGCCAAGAAGCGUUAUGAUAAAGCUGAAGCAGAAUAUAUUCUGGCCAAGGUGGAUCUUCAUAAGAAGACUGAACUCAAGGAACAGUUAACAGAGCAUCUGUGCACCAUAAUUCAGCAGAAUGAGGCCCGUAAAGCCAAAAAACUAGAGGAGCUUAUGCAGCAGUUAGAAGUUGAAGCUGAUGAGGAGAAACUUGAACUUGAAAUUGAAGUAGAGCAGAUGCUGCUGCAGCAGCAAGAGGCAGAAGCAAAAAAGAAACUUGUAGCAACUCCAGAGACAGAGGUGCAAUUUGCUUCACCAACAGAAAAGAAUAGUGAACCAUCAGAAAAAGAAACAAGUGCAGAUCAGAAUGGUCUGUGCCAAUCCUCACCCCAUCUUACAGCCGAGUCUUGUGUCGAAGAUAAUAGCACAGAUCAGUCAAGUACUAAUUCCUUGUCUGAGAAGCAACCAGUAUGACUGAGCCCACAUAUGUAUCUGGACCUUGGUGCUUAAGGAGUGUUGGUUGCGCACAUUGUGAAUAGCGUCCUGUGCACAUCUAAAACAUUUGCAUAUAUUUUUACAGCUUGUGAAUAGAUAAUUGUUAUUUGUGUUGUAUAAUCAGGAUGUUUGCACAGUGA